AUGAACAUAUGCGUUUCCACGCGCGAAACACCCGCCUAUACCGCGCUGCCCAAAUUUGACAGCCACAUUGGAGCUGCAUACACCGGCAAAGGUACAUCUCCCAACAACCACCAUUUCUCCUUCCGGCGUCCAUCCUCAGAACCCAGCAGCAGCGAGCAGCAAACACAGAAAACAUUUCAAUCUAAUCUCGCCCAACUAUCCGCAACCAUCGGAUUUAACCCGUCCAGAGUAACGCUGCCGAAUGGCCCCUGGCCGCACUCUGGACAGGCGAUAAUCGCCGAAUCCGAAAGCUUCAGGUGGAUUGAGAACCCUCUGACGGGCGCUUUAAUGCCUGUUACCAGCACGGAGGACUGUGAACCAGUAACAUACGAUGGUAUCGUGACAAAAUCGAAACAAUUCGUCCUCGGCAUCCAGGGCGCUGACUGCCCUUCUAUAUUCCUCUAUGACCCGGAGCAAAAUGUAAUCAGCAUCGCGCAUGCGGGCUGGAAACCGUUGGUGCGGGGUGUAGUAGCGAACUCGAUCAGGAUGAUGGAAGAGCUUGGUGCUCAGAGCGAGCGGGUUGUGGCUUAUGUCUCGCCUGGGUGCGGCGAUAGGUAUAAUUGUUUCCAUUGGGACGAGGCCAUGGAGUCGCAUAUCAAAGAAGUUUUUACGGAUGCGCGGCGAGAGGAGUUUUCACAGGACCACUCGCUGCGGUAUGUUAUGACUGAUGCCGAUAGGCGGGAAUUAGAAGGGGCUCUUGGUCGUGAGAUUGGUGAUGCUGAUGCUACUACGUUCUGUUUAACGGUGUUGGUACGAAGAGAGCUCGAGCAGUGUGGUGUACGGGCGGAGAAUAUCUCCUGGAGCGAUGAUUCUACGGUUGUCACUCGCUAUAAGGACCAGGAGAAGGGGGAGGAAAGGCAGGAGCUUCCCCCUUUCCAGUACCAUUCAUAUCGCAGGGAGAGGCCUGAGCAUGGAUUGAGUAUGGGUGUGCUGUUUCUUAAAAACUAA